AUGUCGUCCAAGUCGCAAUCGACAUACGGCGCUCGCGCCGCCAACCACCCUAACCCGCUGGCCCGGAAACUCUUCCAGGUGGCUGAAGCCAAGAAGAGCAACGUGACCGUCUCUGCCGACGUCACCACCACCGCCGAACUCCUCGACCUGGCCGAUCGCCUCGGUCCCUACAUCGCCGUGAUCAAAACCCACAUCGACAUCCUCUCCGACUUCAGCCAAGAGACAAUCACCGGCCUGAACGCGCUCGCCGCAAAGCACAACUUCUUAAUCUUUGAAGAUCGCAAAUUCAUCGACAUCGGCAACACAGUCCAAAAGCAGUACCACCAAGGCACCCUUCGCAUCUCCGAAUGGGCCCACAUUAUCAACUGCAGCGUCUUGCCAGGCGAAGGCAUCGUCGAAGCCCUCGCCCAAACCGCCCAGUCCCCCGACUUCCCCUACGGCCAGGACCGCGGCCUCCUCAUUUUGGCCGAGAUGACCUCCAAGGGCUCCCUGGCGACGGGAUCCUACACCUCCGCAUCCGUAGACUACGCGCGCAAAUACCAGAGUUUCGUGCUGGGCUUUGUUUCGACCCGCUCGUUGACCGAGGUUGAGUCGACCGUCGCCGCGAACGAGAAUGAAGACUUUGUCGUGUUCACGACCGGCGUUAACCUCUCUUCCAAGGGUGACAAGCUCGGCCAGCAGUACCAGACUCCGCAGUCGGCUAUUGGCCGUGGUGCGGAUUUCAUUAUUGCCGGCCGCGGUAUCUAUGCUGCUCCUGACCCUGUCGAGGCGGCUAAGCAGUACCAGCAGCAGGGGUGGGAGGCUUACAUGGCGCGCGUUGGAGGUCAGUAG